AUGGUGAUUAUUAUGAUCAUUAUUAUUAUUAUUAUUAUAUGUUUUCAGUAUGGUGAUGUGAUGAUGACAGCAGGACAAAGUGAAGACAGAGGUGUGUUUUGGCUGCCAGCUGCUGGUGUUACAGCUGACUGUGUGGACAUGAAUCCUGCAGCAUUCCUAAAGGAUCAGAGCAGUCAGUGUUUACGGCGUGCGGCCCUCGAGCAGGUCUGCGAAACUCUGCCGUCCCUCGGCAUCAACACUUAUACCAACAUUCAGCUCUUUGCUGGGAAGAAUAAAGAUGCUGCAGUGGAGGUUAUUCCCAUGGAGGUGGUGUCUGUUGUCCUGCAGUUUUUAAACGGCACUCAGACGGAGGUGGAGCUGAGUGAUAAUGAAACCUUGAGUCCUGUUCUACUGAGCCCAAACUUAUGUGCUAAUGUGGUUUUGAAUGUGGGUUUUGUGGUAAAGUACAACUCAGCUGGUGACAUACUGAAUGCGGUUGUGUCGGUGGUUCUUGGAUUUGUCCAUGAUGAAUUGCUGCCUCUGGAACAGGAAUUUCACGUUAUGUUUGCCCAGGAUGGACAGCAGGUGGCUGUUCACAACAGUGGCAAUCCAGGUUAUGUUGUAGGACUGCCUGUUCUCUCUGGAAAAAGAGCAGCAGAUGGGAUUGUCAGAAAUGUGGAGUCCACAGAAACACUGUCUCUUCUGUCCAGCUCUGAAGACCAGGACUGCCUGCAGGGCCGACAUCAGCGCUCCCCUGUCCUGUUUGGUGUGGACUUCAUGUCAGGAUGCACCUUAAAAUUGGAGGAUGCUGCAAACUGCUCCUUGGUUUCCCAAGUGCUUCUAAGUGUUCUGCAGGGCCCAGACUAUCCACAGUAUGUUGCUGCCUUUGGGUCCUCUCCCUUAAACAAUUCCAUGGACUGGGUACCCAUCAGUAAAUUCAGUCCAGAGGAAUCCCAGAGUUGCAACAUUCCAUUGUCUCUUAAUUUGGUCAUCAAAUGGACUAAAUACGGAUCUUUUGUGAAUCCUCAAGCUUAGAUCGUGAGUAUCAAGGAAGUCAUCCACACCAACACCAACACCUUGGCCCUGCUGUCUGGAGGCAGCAGCACCAUGACAGUCACGACCUCAGUGACCUUUGUCUCAGUUUCUGCAGCUGCUGUCCCUGGUUUCAGAGCCACGCCCACCAUUGAUGCCAAACUGCCCUUUGAUUUCUUCUUCCCUUUCGUGUGAUGGUAGAAG